AGUUCUGAUGCAUGGUGUAGUCAGUAAGGCAGAUUUUAUUAUAUUCAGUGAGUGAGUUGAGGAAGUCGAGAAGCUGUUCUUGUUGACACUUUCCCGAGACACUCACGGAGGCGGCCGCGGCGGGACACACACCUUUAUUUUUCGCAAGUCAGCAGGGUAAGAAUGGACCGUUUGCUGCGACUAGGGGGAGGCCUGCCUGCGCUGGGCCAGGGGCCACCGCCCAACGAUGCCCCGGUGCCUGACACUGCCGAACAGGUGUACAUCUCUUCCCUUGCGCUGCUCAAGAUGCUGAAGCACGGCCGCGCGGGUGUGCCCAUGGAAGUGAUGGGGCUUAUGCUGGGAGAGUUUGUGGACGACUACACUGUCAGGGUCAUCGAUGUCUUCGCUAUGCCCCAGAGUGGAACGGGUGUGUCUGUGGAGGCGGUGGACCCAGUGUUUCAGGCUAAGAUGUUGGAUAUGCUGAAGCAGGUUGGGCGGCCGGAGAUGGUGGUGGGUUGGUACCACUCUCACCCGGGCUUUGGUUGUUGGCUCUCCGGGGUGGACAUCAACACCCAACAGAGCUUUGAGGCACUCUCAGAACGUGCCGUGGCGGUGGUGGUGGAUCCCAUACAGUCUGUUAAGGGCAAGGUCGUCAUAGAUGCCUUCCGCCUCAUUAACCCCAACAUGAUGGUUCUGGGCCAGGAGCCGAGACAGACCACAUCUAACCUCGGCCACCUCCAGAAACCCUCAAUCCAGGCUUUGAUCCACGGCCUGAAUAGGCACUACUACUCCAUCCCUAUCAAGUACCGGAUGAAUGAAAGAGAACAGCAGAUGCUCCUCAACCUCCACAAGAAGUCGUGGAUGGAGGGCCUCACGCUGCAGAACUACAAUGAGCACAGCAGCUUGAAUGAGGACACUGUCAAAGAAAUCCUCAAUUUAGCCACAGCGUAUAAUAAGAGCUUGGAAGAGGAGGAGAAAAUGACCCCAGAGCAGCUUGCCAUUAAGAACGUCGGCAAACUGGACCCCAAACGCCAUCUAGAGGACAAAGUGGAGGUGCUCAUGACCUCCAAUAUCGUGCAGUGCUUGGGAGCCAUGCUGGACACCGUCAUCUUCAAGUGAGCAGCACAGCGGGAGCACCAGUUGUUCACACCACGCAAAAUUAUUUUCAAGCAUCUGUUUUCUGCUACAUAUUCCUAGCUGUAUGUUAGAACUCUUAUCCUUAACUGAAUUAAAUGUAUUUGUCAUA